CAGCAUGUGGACGCUCGGGCGCCGCGCAGCUGCGGGUCUCCUGCCCCGGUGGGCGCUCCCAGGCCCGGCCCAGGCCUUCACCCCUGCCCCUCGGCCGGCGGAGUCCGCCCAGCUCUGCUGCCGCCGGGGCCUCCGCGCCGGAACCUCCGCGGCCCGCGCGCCCCGCUACGCCAGUUUGAACCUCCACUGCCUCAAUCAGAUUCUGAAUGUCAAAAAGCAGAGGGUCUAUCUGAUGAAUUUGAGGAAAUCAGGAACUUUGGGCGAGCCAGGUUCUCUAGAUGACACCACCUAUGAGAGACUAGCAGAGGAAACGCUGGACUCCUUAGCAGAGUUUUUUGAAGACCUUGCAGACAAGCCUUACACAUUUGAGGACUAUGAUGUCUCCUUUGGGAGUGGCGUCUUAACAAUUAAACUGGGUGGAGAUCUAGGAACCUAUGUGAUCAACAAGCAGACUCCAAACAAGCAGAUCUGGUUAUCUUCUCCAUCCAGUGGGCCCAAGCGCUAUGACUGGACUGGGAAGAACUGGGUGUACUCUCACGACGGAGUGUCCCUCCACGAGCUGCUGGCGGCCGAGCUGACUAAAGCCUUAAAAACCAAAGUGGAUUUAUCUUCCUUGGCCUAUUCUGGAAAAGGCCCUUGACGCCAGCCCAGUCUUGAAGCUGUCGGGCUAACCCCCAGCCUCAUUCUGCAGUUAAGCGUGUGUGUCUUCCCACCCCUGCUUCUGAGGACAGUCGAACUGUGCGUAACAGCUCUAUAAAAAGAAUGUGUUGCCUUCCACCCUGCCCCCAAGUUCUGACUUUUAAUUUCUACAGAGAUUUUCUUUUUUGCAUCUAUUGUCUGAUUUCCUCCUUCACAUGCAAAAUGUACCUCUUAUCUUUUUUAAUGUUUUCUACCUAUACCUUAAUAAGUAACCUCACAAAAAGAAAAAAGAAGAAGAAAAAAAUUGCAGGAGGAGAAAUGAAUUAUCUUCCCUCUUGAUUCUUGGAAGGAUUUACUGCAAAAACUAUAU